AUGAAACAAGAUUACGUUGUUUGCGUAUCAUGUAAAUCACUUAUUUCGCAUAAAACAGCUACCGGUACUAGUGGUAUACACUAUGCUGGUAUAGGGUUACAUAAUAGUAAUGAACAAUUCAAACUUUUAUCUUUUGCACUCUGCUAUCGUGCUUAUGAACUUGAAAGUCAAACAAGUGUGAAUGUUCGAAGAUUUGUCAAUUCUAUCCUUAAAGAAUAUGGCUUACCAUUUAAUGAUUCAAAUCGUAUUGGAUGUUCUGAUCAUUAUCUGAACAAAAUAUUCGAAAAAACAUUUACAGGUGCAAAUAAUCUUGAAGUUGAAGAAGCUUAA